AUGGCUGCUUCCAACAAUCACAUAGCGUCCCUUCGUCUGGCUCAAGCUGCCAUCUUCAAUGGCAAGGGGUUUGAGGAUGCAGCGGGGUAUGCUCUCUAUUUGCAGCAAUUCCAAGACCGUCCGCUUCAUCCUUCCAUAACUCUUGAUCCGUCUCGGUUCAACAGAUAUGGAAUGGAUGUUCCUCGAUUGAUCAACACUAUCGGCUGGGGAGAUAUCCUUCCAAAUCGCAAUUUUGGGUUUCGACCUGAGGCAGUACGCAUGUUUUACUCAAACAUGAAGCCUUGUCUUCACAUUUCUCCUUCAUGCUUCACAACGAUAGUAUACAACUAUCUGAUCACUAUCAAUGUGGAACUCUUGUCAUUAUUGCUUGGCAUUCCUAUUACUGGUGCUGAAGUCAUGAAUGAGUUGGACUUUCACUCUGUUGAUUUCAAUGAAGGCGAUGCUCUGCGGUUAUACACCCGCGACACUGGUUGUUAUUAUCCCUCGGAAUUCCACUCUGGUAGACUACCUGAUGAUCUAAAAGUGUUACAUUUUUACAUCACCAGAUGUUUCCUGCCUAGAUCCUUUGGUCUCAACACUAUUUAUCCAUCCGACCUAUGGAUUCUUGCCAGUGCCAAAGAAAAUCGGGUCAUCAGUUAUCCACAUCUGAUGUUUGACCACAUGCUGAACUAUCAUGCUGACAACUAUAAUGCUGAGCUCCCGUUUGCCCCACAAAUCACUCAGAUUCUGCUGGCCUUAGGGAUAGAUCUUCGCUUUUUAAUGGCUCGCGUCGAUAUGCUCGGUUCACUUCGUGCUCAGUUUGUCCUGAGGAAGGUGGAUGCAUCGGUGGGACGGCGUGGACCACUGGUCAAUGUUCCAGGGGGAGAAGCAGCUGCUGCUGGAGUUCCCGCUGAUCAGGAUGGACUACAUCUGUGUGAGCUGGGAAGGGAUGAAGCUGAGGAAGCACCAGAUAUGGCAGAGCAGGUCAGCAUUUUCAGAGACAAUGGAAAGCGACCCAUGGUAGAUCCUUUGGAAGCAGUUCAAGCCUUGUUCAGACAAGAGGAAGCAAGCAGCAGCAAAAGAAAUCUGAUGAUGGAGGAUGAAGAAGAAACCAUAUCAGAUUAUGUGCCAUCACCUAGGUUUUCCUUUUAA